UUCUGACUUCAAGAUGUAUGUAACAAGGCAUCUCUCAGAAUACCAGAGAAACUUGACACAAUCGUUGCCGGAAGGUCCAAACUCCGGCGUACUUGUGAUUCAAGAUGAAGAGUCAAGGCCGACUUGUUGCUUCGGAUCUUGCUACGAUGGUGAACUCAGAGGCUUACCGUUCCCUCAGAACGCAAAGCUAACUGUGACUUACAGAACCGGAACUGGUAAAAACAGGCGCAGUUACCAUGACCCGGUUCUGUUCAUUCCGGUUCCUGGACAGCCUCUAUCUUUGAACCGUUAUUAUGUCAUUAAACGACGUGGGAAGCACUCAGGAGGAGCUUCGGCAAGUGCAACAGAAGAAGACAGAGUCCCCUGCUGCUUUUGCUUUAGCUAUAUCCCUGAAGCUAGGCCACAAGAACCAGAUCCUUAUGACAUAUACCAACAAUUCGAGAUCCAUCAACGCCGAGCAUUAUCUCGCUAUAACACAGCCACUUCUGUUGCUCCUAAUGGGAUACCACCUAAGUUCCUUAGGAGAAAGUAUUGGACCGUUGAGUACUCAAACUCUCAAGACUUUGGUUUGAUAGAUGAUGCAAAGGGAAUCAACGCUAAUCUUCGUCCUGAGCUUCCCAAAGAUGUGAAUACAAGCGUUGUGGUAGGAAAAUGGUAUGUCCCUUUCAUAUUUGUGAAGGAAGGAGAUGCAAAAGGUCAGAUAAAAACCUCAACUUAUUACAGUAUGACUCUUAAACAAAGAUGGGAAGAGGUUUACUCAAGCGAGAACGUUAGUGAAGAAAGUGAGGUUGUGGUUGAUGUUGAAGUAGAAACAGAAGUGGUGAAGCUUGAUGGAGAAGUAACCAAUCUGAGAGAGACAAGAACUGAUGGAGUUGUUUGGUUUAGUGUCUUAAGGGAUGAGAGACAAGACAAGAAGAUAGGUCUUGGGUCAGUGGUCGUGGAGGGAAUUAAGUGGGAAGAGGAGAGGUUUGGUUGGUUAAAUAAAGGCGAUGGAGUAAGGUCUAGCAUUAAGAGAUCAGAGAGAUUCGAAGGCGGUUCACCACACUGGAAGAGCUAUAAAUGCUAUGUACUUGUAGAGAGCUUUGAAUUAAAGAGAACUGAUGGGAGUUUGGUGUUGACAUAUGAGUUUAGACAUGUUGAUAAGCUGAAGAGCAGGUGGGUUUGAGUCUAUUCAGCUUCUGUGUGUGUCAUGUUCCAUUUUAUGGUGUGUUUAUUUUAAUAAAAGCUUCGUGCAAGUUUAUACGUAAAAAUUAAAACUAAAGUUCU